AUAAGCAACACAGAUUUGUAAAAUCUCCAAUAUUCAUCUUUUUGUAUCCACUAAUUUCUUCUAUAUAGACUCACUCAGUUAUAAGCAACACAUAUUAAGACUAAGGUUGUGAAUAAAUCAAUCUAAACCAAAGUGUAGAAUCAUGAGUCAAGAACAGCCACAAAGAUCACAAGCAAAUCAGUUUCCCGAGCAACAAACAAUCAAACCAAGAGACGCAGCUCUCAUGCAGGCAACAGAGAAUCAAGCCUUAGAUCCUGAUUUGGUUUUUUACAAGAAUGCUAUAACCAUUGGAGAGGCGCUGGAAGCUUCUCCUUUAACUCCAGCUGGUGAUAAGCCGUUGGAUCAGAGCGAUGCCGCUGCUAUACAAGCUGCGGAAAUGAGAGCCACCGGAAAAAAUGAAACUGAGCCGGGUGGGUUGGGAGCCAUAGCUCAGUCAGCUGCAACUCGGAACUCUCGUACUAUGCCUCUGCAGAAAACAACACUGGCUGAUGUUGUAUCGGAUGCGAGGGAGAAGCUGGGAGCAGACAAGGCUGUAACACGAGAGGACGCGGAGAGAGUGAUUGGAGCUGAGCUUAGAAACAAAGAUGACAUGAGAACUACACCGGUAGGUGUGGCUGCGUCGAUGGCAGGAGCCGCCACGCUCAAUCAAUACAGGAAGAGUGGGUAAUAUGUUGUGAAGAUGAAGAUUCUAAGUUGUUAAGGUCAGAUCAAUAAUGGUGGCUAAACAAAUCAAUGAAGACUGAGUUUUAGAGUCUAAGUGCUGUUUGUAAAACUACAGUACCCUUACUGUCACUAUGUUUUACUUGUAAAGAAAUACCUUUCCUUUUGUAGAGGUUUUUUUUUUUUUGGGUAAAGAAUAAUUUAUUCUACUAUAUGUACAUAUUUAGCUUGUGUUUUUACUGGGUCAAUUUUCUUAGUUUAAAUGAAUACAGGAACUUCUCAUA